GGCCGCUGUGACGUCAUGGCAGUCUGCUAUGAGCAGGUCAACAUGGCGGCGGAGGCGAGCAGGCUGAAGCAGCGGAGUCACCGAAACAGCAUCCUGACAGAAGGUGGCUGUGGGUUCGAGUCCAUAUCGUCCAAGAUGAGGCCAGAGGAGAGGGAGGAGGAACUUCUGGAGGAGGAGGCGGAGCAGGAUGUGGAUGUGGGCGUGGCCAGGCCGGUGCAGAUCGUGGUGGCGGAUGAGGAGGAGCACUCGUUCUCGCUGCAGGAGGAGGCUCUGGAGCGGCUGCUGCUGCGGGACGAGCUGCAGGACCUCAACGUGGUGGUCGUCUCUGUGGCCGGGGCGUUCCGCAAGGGCAAGUCCUUCCUGCUGGACUUCAUGCUGCGCUACAUGUACAGCCAGACAUCGGGCAGCUGGAUGGGGGGGCAGGACGAGCCCCUGACCGGCUUCUCGUGGCGGGGCGGCUGCGAGCGCGAGACCACCGGCAUCCUGGCCUGGAGCGACGUGUUCGUGGUGGAGAAACCAGACGGCUGCAAGGUUGCAGUUCUGCUCAUCGACACACAGGGGGCGUUCGACAGCCAGUCCACCAUCAAAGACUGCGCCACGCUGUUCGCCCUGAGCACCAUGACCAGCUCCGUCCAGGUUUACAACCUGUCUCAGAACGUCCAGGAAGACGACCUGCAGCACCUCCAGCUCUUCACUGAGUACGGCAGACUGGCCAUGGAGGAGGUUUAUGAGAAACCCUUUCAGACGCUGAUGUUCCUGAUCAGAGACUGGAGUUAUCCUUACGAGCACCCGUACGGCCUGGAGGGCGGACGGAGGUUCCUGGAGAAACGACUACAGGUGAAGCAGAACCAGCACGAGGAGCUGCAGAACGUCAGGAAGCACAUCCACUCCUGUUUCUCCAACAUCAGCUGCUUCCUGCUGCCGCACCCCGGCCUCAAGGUGGCCACCAACCCGCACUUCGACGGCCGCCUCAAAGACAUCGACGAUGACUUCAAGACGGAGCUGGUGAACCUGGUACCCACGCUGCUGUCUCCAGAGAACCUGGUGGAGAAGGAGAUCGGAGGAGUCAAGGUGACCUGCAGAGACCUGCUGCACUACUUUAAGUCGUACAUGAAGAUCUACCAGGGAGAGGAGCUGCCUCACCCCAAGUCAAUGCUACAGGCAACGGCUGAAGCCAAUAACCUUGCAGCUGUAGCUGGAGCCAAAGAUGUCUACAACAAAAGCAUGGAGCAGGUCUGCGGCGGCGACAAGCCCUACAUGUCUCCGGCGGAGCUGGAGCGCCGCCACGGCGAGCUGCGGCAGGCGUCGGUGCGACACUUCCGCUCCGUCAAGAAGAUGGGCGGCGAGGAGUUCUGCCGGCGCUACCAGGAGCAGCUGGAGGCGGAGCUGGACGAGGCCUACGCCAACUUCACCAAGCACAACGACGGCAAGAACAUCUUCUACGCGGCGCGCACGCCCGCCACGCUCUUCGCCGUCAUGUUCGUCAUGUACGUGGCGUCGCUGGUCACCGGCUUCGUGGGCAUCAGCUCGGUGGCCACGCUCUGCAACCUGGUGAUGGGCGUGGCCCUGGCGGCGCUCUGCACCUGGGCCUACGUCAAGUACUCCGGGGAGUUCCGGGAGGUGGGCGGAGUCAUCGACCAGGUGGCCGAAACCCUCUGGGAACAGAGGACUCCACGAAAGGUGUUUUCCAAACUCUUCGAGGUGGCUCGGAGUCGAGUCCCGUUGGGAAGCCUGAUCCCGGCGCCGCGGCCCCGGCUCGCCUCCAACAACAACGUCAAGAAGAAAAACUAGCAGCGCCGCCGCCGGCCGCCCUCCCUCCCCCCCCUUGCCCCCCCUCCCCGUCGCCGCCCCUCCGCUCGGUUCUCAAACAAACAGACAUUUUUUUAGGCCGGUGAGCCGCCGGACGCCGUCUCCUCCCGACGGCGCCGUAGAUCACGGUCCACGCCGUGCUGGUCGUAGUUUAAAGACUCACCUGUUCAUCUGGAGGAAGCCGAUUCUUCUUUGUUUUCCCUCUUUUUUCCUCUUUUUUUUUUUUUUUUUUUUUUGUCAGUGGGCGGGGUUAAAGUAUUUAUUGGUGGGCGGGGCCAUCACUGUACAUUUUUUAGUUUUACCGCAGGUGUGUUUACCACUUGAAUGACGACUUGACACUGACAGUUCCCAUUUAUGUGAAUGAAGAGCAUGACCACAAAUCCUCCACUCCUCCUCCUCCUCCUCCUCAUUUCCUCCUUCACAGCUCCGCCUCCUUCCUGACUCCGCCCCCUCCCUGUCCGUCUGUCUGUCCGUCUGUCUGUCCUGGUGCUGGUCGGUGUCGGAGGCGGAGGUCAGAACCAAAGUUUACAGCUUUACUCUGCAGGCCGACCGGGGAAUCGCAGGCAGCAAACCGAGCGCACCAAUCAGCUUCACCGCUUCGUCAGCCAAUCAGACGCCGGCUGUUAACGAGCGCAAAGCGGCGGCGGCGUCCGGGCGCCACAGGAAACGAGCCGCAGCGACCCGACGCUCUACAGAAGAUUCCUGAUGUUUCAUUCCGUUAUUCCCCUGCAGUUUCUCGCUCCUCCUCCUCCUCUUCCUCCUUUUUUUUUUUCUUUUGUAAAUUAAAAACACUAAAGUGAGGCUGGAGGCGGAGUCACAUCAUGACAUCACACUGCUGCUCAGCGCUUGGUUUCAGUUGUAGCAUCAUCCACAUGUUUCAGCACAUUUUUUACAUGGUUCUGUUCAGUGUUGGGUGUUUUGAAGCCAAAUCUCUUCCAGAGGCGGUUCAUCUGAAGGAGAGCGACCCUCGGCCCCCCCAAACCCCCCUGCAGCCCCCCCGCCCCCCCGCCGCUCCGGGGAAAUACAACACACUGCAAAAAAAAAAAAAAACACGUAGAACAAAAAGUGAUGAAUCAAAUCUUCUGCCCUAAAAUUUCACCGACAGUUUGACGUUCUGUUGUUAGAUUCACAAAAACCCCAGAUUUUAAAAUUCACUCACAAUUAAAUAAAAAUAUUAUUCUUUAACCUUUAUUAGAAUAUUUACCAUGAAAAUACAGCCGUCUGCUAAUAAACCGUAACCCUGUUUAAUAAAAAAAAAAUGCCCAAAAAUCCUCGACUUUCACUUCCCUGAAAACAGGAAGUACAGUAUGACAUCACAUAUGACAUCAGGUGGGUGCAAAUAAAAAUCCAACCCAUAAGAUAAAACUGAUUCUUGAAAAGCCCCGCCCCCUCACACAACCCAUCAAAAUAAAGCGCUUUUCUUCAUGACAAUUAUUUUCUUAUUUUUUGUAAAUUAUCAAAAUCCGGCCUUUAAAGGUGACGUCAUGUUGAGCCAGUGAAAUUUAAACAAAUAUUUUAAACAAAAACACCAUCAUAGAUUUGUAAACAUCAAACUUUUUUUUCCUCUAACUGAUUUGUUGUUGUUUUUUUUAACACUUUUGAAUUAUUUCCGCCCCCCAACUUCCUGUUCCAGCAGGAAGUUCGUCACAUUCCAGGGUCGGAAGCUCUCAAAGCGCCGAGUCACCGGAACCCGCCGAGAAUAUCCCAGAAACCAUUUGUUAUUUCGGGAUUUUAUUAGAUCAUUAUUAUUAUUUUUUUGCAGUGUUUUGUGGCAGCUGUUCUCCAGUAGGGGGCGUGGUGGCGGCGGCUCGGGGUCGGAGGUCGUCUCUGUGCACUGACUCACGUUUUCUUAAUCGAAUCAUCAUUCCAUCCACAGCGAGAUCACCAACGUGUGCUUUUUGUUUUUGUACAGUUUUAGUUUUCUAAAGCCUCAUCAGACGUAGGGCAUGUGUAUGAAAUAUACAUAUAUAAAUAAAUUUUCUAGACCUUUUUGUAGCUGGAAGAACAACGACGGUGCGGUUGGGUGGUAGGACUCGGUUCAGCUCACUGGAUGUAAAGGAAUGCUUUCGUGAUUUGUGGAUAAUGUCUAAUAAAAUUCCUUUUUUUAUAUAUAUAUAUUUGUAAAUUUAAUCUGACAUGGAGCACUGCAAUCCCACCCCCUGCUGGCAAAGAAUGUUUAUAAUCUUGAUUUUGUCUCUUUCUGUUGCAUUUUAAAGUUAUUUUCGUUAAUUUAUUUUUCAAUACAAUAUUAAACCAAACUCCUACAGC